GUUGGUAGUGGUAAUAUAUCUCUAACAUUCGCUUCAAUACAGUUCCGAGUGUCCUUUGGCAUGACGUUAGUUACUUUAACCAGAGCAUGACUCUCUGUUUAUUUACACUUAAAUCUCCUGUACUCUGCAUCUGCCAGCGCGACGUAAAAGCGGAUUUUUAGUGCCAUACAGGGCUAAAUAUUAAGUUCAGUGGGAUUCACACAGGAGAGAAAAGUGCAGAUUACAGCUGAAGUGAGAGAAGAAGUUUCCCAUCACCGCCGUGUUUCUCUUAUGCAGUAUUACGGUUGUUUUGGACGUUGCGGGAUUUGAAGUUGGCGUGCUUUAAUCAAGGCUGUGGGCAGUGACGGAAUCCGGGUCAUGAUGGAGAGCGCCCUGACAGCCAGGGACCGGGUGGGUGUGCAGGAUUUUGUCCUGCUGGAGAACCACACCAGCGAGGUGGCGUUCAUCGAAAACCUCCGCAAACGCUUCAAGGAGAACCUUAUUUAUACAUACAUCGGUUCAGUGCUGGUGUCUGUGAAUCCCUACAAAGAUCUAGAGAUCUACACUAAACAGCACAUGGAGCGAUACAGGGGUGUCAAUUUCUAUGAAGUAUCACCUCACAUUUACGCAGUGGCUGAUAAUGCAUAUCGCUCCAUGCGGACUGAGAGACGGGACCAGUGCAUUCUCAUCUCGGGUGAAAGCGGUGCCGGCAAGACCGAAGCCUCCAAGAAGGUUCUUCAGUACUAUGCUGUCACCUGUCCUGCCAGUGAACAUGUGCAGACUGUCAAAGAUCGCUUGCUACAAUCCAACCCUGUGCUGGAGGCCUUUGGAAAUGCAAAAACUUUACGAAAUGACAAUUCCAGUCGCUUUGGGAAAUACAUGGACAUUCAGUUUGACUUCAAGGGUGCUCCAGUCGGGGGUCACAUCCUGAACUACCUGCUGGAGAAAUCCCGCGUCGUGCACCAAAGCAACGGCGAGAGGAACUUCCAUAUCUUCUAUCAGCUCAUCGAAGGAGGAGAGGAUGAUCUGCUGAGGAGACUGGGCCUGGAGAGAAAUGCCCAACAGUACCAGUAUCUGGUCAAGGGUAACUGUCCCAAAGUGAGCUCAAUAAAUGACCGCAAUGACUGGAAGACAGUGAGGAAAGCCUUGAGCGUCAUUGGCUUUACUGAUGAUGAAGUGGAGGAGCUUUUGAACAUUAUUGCCAGUGUGCUACACUUGGGGAAUGUCCAGUAUGGAGGAGAGGACAGCGGCAGUGCCUACAUCACUACAGACACACAGAUUAAAUACUUAGCCAGGUUGUUAGGUGUGGAUGGCACCGUUCUUAAAGAGGCUCUAACACAUAAAAAGAUCAUUGCCAAAGGAGAAGAGCUGAUGAGUCCUUUAAAUCAAGAGCAGGCCGCUUCGGCGCGGGAUGCUUUAUCUAAAGCCAUAUACGGGCGGACUUUUUCUUGGCUGGUCAACAAAAUUAACGACUCUCUGGCCUUCAAGGAUGAGUCAUUCAGCAGUAAGAACGCUUCUGUCAUUGGCCUGCUGGACAUUUAUGGUUUUGAGGUCUUUCAGAACAACAGUUUUGAGCAGUUUUGCAUCAACUAUUGUAAUGAGAAGCUGCAGCAGCUCUUCAUCGAACUGACCUUGAAGUCAGAGCAGGAGGAAUACGAAGCCGAGGGAAUCACGUGGGAGCCUGUGCAAUAUUUUAACAACAAGAUCAUUUGUGAUCUUGUGGAGGAAAAGUUUAAAGGAAUCAUUUCCAUCUUGGAUGAAGAGUGUCUCCGGCCUGGAGAUGCCAGUGACAUCACCUUCCUGGAGAAGCUUGAGAACACUGUCGGAGGCCACGCCCACUUCCUGACGCACAAGCUGGCUGAUGGAAAAACCCGUAAAGUUAUGGGUCGUGAGGAGUUCAGACUGAUCCACUACGCAGGAGAAGUCAACUACAAUGUGAAGGGCUUCCUGGACAAGAACAAUGAUCUCCUUUUCAGAAACCUGAAGCAGGUCAUGUGUAUGUCUGAAAACAAAAUACUCAAUCAGUGUUUUGACAGAGAAGAGCUGUCAGACAAGAAACGACCAGAGACGGCAGCAACCCAGUUCAAGAACAGCCUGGCGAAGUUGAUGGAAAUCCUGAUGUCUAAGGAACCAUCUUACGUGCGCUGCAUCAAGCCUAAUGAUGCCAAGCAAGCAGGGCGUUUUGAUGAAGUCCUCAUUAGACACCAAGUAAAAUAUCUUGGUCUGAUGGAAAACCUUCGGGUUAGGAGAGCUGGCUUUGCAUACCGGCGUCGCUACGAGACCUUCCUACAGAGGUAUAAAUCUUUGUGUCCUGACACCUGGCCAAACUGGGACGGCCGUCAAGUGGAUGGCGUGUCCACACUUGUCAAGCACCUCGGCUACAAGCCCGAGGAGUACAAACUGGGCAGGACCAAAAUCUUCAUCCGCUUCCCCAAGACCUUGUUUGCAACUGAAGAUGCAUUAGAAGUCAGGAAACACAGUCUUGCCACCCAACUUCAGUCAUCCUGGAAGGGCUACAGCCAAAAAACCAAAUACCAAAAAAUGCGGCACUCAGCUAUCUGGAUCCAAGCCUGGUGGAGAGGAAUUCUGGCCCGCAGGGCAGCAAAGCGCAGGAGAGAGGCUGCCGACACCAUGCGCAGGUUCAUUAAAGGCUUCAUCUACCGCCACCAGGCACGAUGCCCAGAGAAUGAGUACUUCCUGGACUACGUUCGCUACUCGUUCCUAAUGAAGUUGCACAGGUGCCUGCCUAAAACAGUUCUGGAUAAGAGCUGGCCAACGCCACCUCCAGCAUUGGUCGAGGCUUCAGCGCAGCUCCGCAAACUCUGCAUGCAGAACAUGGUGUGGAAGUACUGCAAGACCAUCAACCCAGAAUGGAAGCAUCAGAUGGAACAGAAGAUGGUCGCGAGUGAAAUCUUUAAGGACAAGAAGGACAACUACCCUCAAAGCGUCCCAAAACUUUUCGUGAACACAAGGCUCAACGGUGAGGACAUCAAUCCUAAAGUGCUGCAGGCUCUAGGAAACGAGAAGAUGAAGUAUGCUGUUCCAGUCACUAAGUAUGACCGAAAAGGAUAUAAAGCACGCAACCGACAGCUCCUGCUCAUGUCCGACAGUGCCGUCAUUGUGGAGGAAGCCAAACUCAAACAGCGGAUCGACUACAACUCACUGAACGGGAUUUCUGUCAGCUCACUGAGCGACGGCAUGUUCGUUUUUCAUGUUGCAUCUGAUGACAAUAAGCAGAAGGGUGAUGUGGUGCUUCAGAAUGAGCAUGUCAUUGAGACGUUAACCAAAGUGGCUAUCUGUGCUGACAAGAUCAACAGAAUUAACAUCAACCAGGGGAGUAUAAAGUUCGAUGUGGCACAGGGAAAAGAAGGGAUCAUAGACUUUACAGCUGGCUCAGAGUUGCUGAUAGCCAAGGCUAAGAAUGGACACCUUUCUGUGACUGCCCCUCGCCUCAACUCAAGAUGAUGGACGAAUCGUGACCAAGCACUUCCAGAUACGCUCCUUAGUUCAUCAAUCACAUGACUAUAGGCGGAGCUUCUCUCCACCAAUCAGACGCCGGCCAGCCAGCCGCACCAAAGGCCUCUGCUUUCAGUUGUGAAAAUCCAGCAAACUUAUUUAUGUUUUGGGGGAUUAAUACUGUUAUAUGAAUAUAUGAUUUUAUAUGUCGAAGCCAAGAAAUAACAAUAUAUGUAUGUGCAUUUUUUUCUGUCUUUAUCUAGCUUAUUUGGGGGAUGUAGAUUGAUUUGUUUGAGACAGUGACCUCAGCCAUGAUCACGAGGUAAAUCAGGGUUCACAAUUAGCUUUGGUCCUAUUUAUGAUUCUUUUUGCUAUCCAAACCCACUCAGAACAGUACACAUUUGCUUCUGUCACUAUGAUUUGGGUUAUUAUUCCUUGGUAACUCAAUUAAAUGUUCAUAGGAAAGGUGUUAAUGACUUUUUUGAAUAGAAAAGAUGACUUUGAGAUUCUGUUGAACCUGUUUUACACACUAUUUGUGCGACAUAAUUUCACUCACAUGUCUAAUAAGUUAUUAAUAUUAGUUGAUGUGAGGGAUGUAAAAUAAGGAGAGCAUAUGCCAAGUUUAAUGAAUGUGUUUGUGUGUGAUAUGUAUGAAAAAGCUAUGAAAAUGAUUGGAUUUUUUAUCCUUUUUCUAGAAAAUCAGCCCUAUUGUGAGUCGUAAUACAUUAACUACUUUAAAGGAGCACUCUACUUUUUUGGAAAUAGGCUUUUUUGGAAAUUUUACAAACCCCCUAGAGCAAAACUCAAUUCCUGGAGGGCCACAGCCCUGCACAGUUUAGUUCCAGCCCUGCUUCAACACACUUACCUGUAUAGGUUUCAAACAAGACUGAAAGACAUAAUUAGUUUGAUCAGCUGUGUUUCAUUAGGGUUGGAACUAAACUGUGCAGGGCUGCGGUCCUCCAGAAAUUGAGUUUGACAUCCCUGCCCUUGAGUUUUACUUUUUUAGCUUAGCAUAAAUCAUUGAAUCGGAUUAGACCAGUAGCAUCUCGCUCAAAGAUUUCAGAAAAGAGUUUAGAUCAUUUUCCUAUUUAAAGCUAAACUCUACUGUAGUUACAGUUAUUAAGACCAACGUAAAUUGAAAAGUUGCUAUGAAUUUUUUUGAAUGAGAUGCUAAUGGUCUAAUCUGAUUCAAUGAUUUAUGCUAAGCUAAGCUAAAGGUGAUCCUGCCAGACCCAGAGAUAGGCUAAAUGGAUUACAAAAUGGUAAAUCUCAACUGUUUAACUCUUUGGGAGGUGGAGAGUUUCUUUAGCUUGAAAAUUGAGGUCAGUAUAAAAAUCUAUUUUAAAAUUGAGCCUUGUAAUGUUAGGAUUGGAUUUAGAGAGUAUCUUUGAUAAGAAAAGAAAUGGUAUGAAAUACAGUGAUGGCCAAUUGAUUCUUAAAUCAUUCAGGCUUUGUGCUCCAAAUACUUUGGACGCAAUAUUCUCUCUUAUUAAUGCCAUUUCCCCAAGUUAGCAUUGCUCUAAGCUCACCACGAAGCUUCUAUCAGUGGUUAGCAUUAAUAGUAUUGAAGUUGUACAUUAACUAUUGUGAUUCAUAAUUCAUUACCUACUUUAAAGGAGCACUUCUAUUUUGGAAACAGGCUCAUUUUACAAGCCCUCUAAAGUUAAACAGUUGAGUUUUACUAUUUUUGAUUUUGUUUAAAGGAGCACUUUUAGCUUAGCUUAGCAUAAAUCAUUGAAUCGGAUUAGACCAGUAGCAUCUCGCUCAAAUAUUUUUAAAAAGAGAUAAUAUUUUUUUAUUAAUUCAAUGUAAAUCCUUCUGUAGUUACAUCGUGUAUAAGACCAAUGUAAAUUGAAAAGUUGCUAUGAAUUUUUUUGAGCCAGAUGCUAAUGGUCUAAUCUGAUUCAAUGAUUUAUGCUAAGCUAAGCUAAAGGUGAUCCUGCCAGACCCAGAGAUAGGCUGAAUGGAUAACAAAAUGGUCAAACUCAACAGUUUAACUUUAGGGGACUUGUAAAAUGCUUCAAAAAAGUGGAGAGUUCCUUUAAUUUGAAAAUUGAGGUCAGUAAAAAAAAUUAAAUCUCAAAACUGUGCCUCAUAAUGUUAGGAAUGGAUUUAGAGAGUAUCUUUGAUAAGAAAAGAAAUGGGAUGAAAUACAGUGAUGGCCAAUUGAUUCUUAAAUCAUUCAGGAUUUGUGCUCCAAAUACACUGGACACAAUAAUCUCUCUUAUUAAUGCCUUUUCUCCAUGUUAGCAUUGCUCUAAAUUCACCAUAAAGCUUGUGUCAGUUGUUAGCCUUAAUAGUAUGGAAGUUGUACGUUAUCUACAGACAAUAUGUAAUUUGGCUUUAUUUUUCUGAGGCAGGUUUGUGCAUAUGUAGAUAAAAGGUAACAAAGCACUACUAAAUGCUCAAAACCAAAUGUAAUAUGUCAUUUUUGAAACCAAAAGUGAACUGUGUCAUUUCAGGCACCUAAAGCUGUUGCUAGCACAGUUAUUUGAUUUGGCCAUUGAGCAUGUGCCUAUCAUCACCAGUGUCAUAGUUGAGGAUGCUAAAGAAAAGAAAAACACUGUAAGAAAGACACACGGUUGAAUAAGGUUAAGUGCCGCAUGUAUUUAGAGCAAAUAUCUAUUUUUGACAUUUAUUAAAACAAAGAAAUACAAUACUACUCAUAUAAGCUCUUGGCCCGUUAAUUGAGAUGUAAUUCACAGUUUGUGAGUUUUGUUUUAUACUUUUUGUGUAAAAAAAAACCUGGAAAAAUAUAUAUGACAUUUUGAAGCAGACUGACAAUGUAUCUGAGCAUAUUAAAGCUGAUUAAAAGCAGAGA